UAUCGAAUAAGAAUGAAGUUCAACGACAACUUGACCCGGAAGUGAUACAACGGUCUAAAUUAGCAUUUUGUGUACACACUAGUUCUUACUAAAGCUAUUGUAACUAGAUAUUUUAGUAAGAGCAUGGUGUGCAAUUAAACCUUAUCGAUCAAUGUAUGAUAAAUAGACGCAAUAUCUUGCACGAGACAGUGCAGGGAGAACUCGGUUAGCAAAUAAGCUACGGUAACGUAAUCUAGCUAGCUAGCCAGCCAGAUAAACAACCCUGCAUCAUCAGAUCAAUGCAUAUUUUGGGGAUGGAGUUGGUCUAACGUCUAGAAAACAAAGGGACGUGUCGAAAAUGGGUGCAUUUUACUGUGCGAUAUGUAGGCAAACAUCUUUCUCCGGAAAAGCACACAUCUUCGGGAAAAGUCACCAGAGCAAACUCAAAGUGGUCCUUGUUAAAUUCCUUGAGAAGGUGAAAGAAGCGCGUCGAACGAUAAAAAAUCCCCAGGUGGAGAGGUUCGAUUGCACUCAGCACAAACGCAAAUGUUGGUGUUACUGCUGCGGCCUCGAGGUGGAGAGAGACGUCACUGAUGGCGACAUCACUGUGUUGUUCGGGGGCUUGUUGGAACACAUGGCCAGGCCUGACCACAGGAAAAGCACCCACACAUUCUGGUGGGAGAACAAAGCUGACCCCAAACUGAGGGACAAGUUUAUAAUCACAGAAAAUGAAAUGGAGAGAUUUAAAACAGAGGUGGCAAAAGCUUUAGGCUCAUUUGAGGAGAAGGAGGAUGAGCUUAUCAAGCAGCAAGCCACUCAUAUCCGAGCUCAGGAACAGCAUCGCCAGGAGGUCCUUCAGUCUCUCAUAGAGCCUAAGGCAGAGCUGGAGCUAUCGAACACAGAGGGCCCUUGCAACUCAGUGGAUGAGGCUUCCAGUAGCUCUCACUUCAGGGCCCCUGGAUCCGAUGAGCAGGCCAGGUCUGGGCGGGUUGACCAAAUGGUGGCCAGGCAGUGGGCGGGCCCUGGACAGGGCCUGACCUUCAUUGGCUACCAGGAUUCUUCCAACAGUGGAAAUAUUCACACAGGAGCCAUCCCUCCAUGGUUACAGGAGGACUCCCAGGAGGGCAGGUCUGGGACAAUGGAGCAGGAGAUCGGUCCAUCACUCCAGGACUUCCUCAAACAGAAGGAGCAGGAGAAGCUGAAGAAACUCCCCCCUAACCGGGUGGGGGCCAACUUUGACCAUAGCUCCCAGACCGAUGCCAACUGGCUGCCCUCUUUCGGCCGGGUGUGGAACAGUGGACGCCGCUGGCAAUCCAGGCACCAGUUCAGAGAGGAAGAGGGACAGACCAACAGACAAAAGAGAAAGCGGGAUCAGGGAACAAAGAAACCCAAACCGCCUGAACAACAGUGACUAUAGUAUGCAUUGUACAUAGAAAUGUUACAGAACAAAGCAGUUAAAAAAAACAUGACAUUUGUUUGGAAACCAUGAAAAGCCUUUAUUUCAGGAUAUAAUGAACUAGGCUCAAUAGUAAAUUACCUUUAAAUGUCAAGCUCACUAUGCACGUUUCAGAUUUGAUUCCCGGCCAAUGUUUUUGGCACUUGUUUUGAAAUAAAAUAAUGAACUGGACUACAGCCACGCUCCUGUCUCUCACAUAUCUAUUGGAAUGUGGGGAGCGGCAUUAGCCGUUAAUUGGCGCUGGGUCUAUGAAAUACUGUCCUAGUGUCCUCUGGGUUCAAUGUAAAGCGUGUUUCCAGACUGGAACCCUGGGGCCUUAGCACCGACCCUGGUCCACUUGUCGGUCUUUGCACUUUAUUUCAUUAGAUGGCGUUCACCAUCCUUAAUCUUUGGGUUCAGGGGUUAUUAACCGGUCUGAACAUUAAUGAAAUAAAGUGCAAAGACUGACAAGUGGCCUAGGGUCAGUGCUAAGGCCCCAGUCUGGAAGCACGCUUUCCACUGAACCCAGGACACUCUCGGUAUUGCAUUUUAGCUGAAGUCAAGUUCAAAAAGAUGGCCGCGUAGAAGUCAAAUGUGAAAAUUGCAAAUAAAACUUGUCAUCACCAUUGUACAAAAAACAUCCAUUAAAUUAUUCAAGUAAUUUUUUUUUGUCACUCACAGCCAAAGAUACAUUUUAUAUUCAUCCACUGUCUAUAAUAUUUCUGGAUGAUGUGAUGAUGCCGUAAGUGCGCAAGUGUAAUCGGGUCUCUAUAAAACGGCAUGUGUGAACAUUACAAUGGACGCUGUCUCUAGUUCAAACAUUCACCUCAAUGGUCAGUACCACCGCCCCCCUAAACCAGGGAUCAUCAACUACAUUUUAUGUUGAGCAAUGGUCAGGGGGCCGGAACAUAAGCCCAAACAAAUAUUUCACAUGUGUAUAUGAUCACAUAUCUCUGCGCGUGGGAAUACUGUGUUUUCAGUCUUAUGUCCAACAAUAAAUAAUAUUUAGUUUUGCUCAAACUUGGGAGGGCCAAAUAAAAUCGGCAGUUGGGGAACCCUGCACUAAACAUUC